UGCAAACAUGCAUGCCAUUAUCAGUAUACCCAUGUUGACAAUUCAUGAUUGAAUGGUUGACAUUUAAGGAUCAUGCAAAAUCAUCAACAUUUCUUUAUAUAAACAUAAGUUAAAAUAGCUACAUACUACUUGGAACGUGGAAACGUAAGAAACACGAACAGGUGGGCUUGGUUAUUUUUAUUGGUUAAACUGAGGAAUCCGAGUUUCCCGCGAAACAAAUAAAAUAUUUUGUUGCCAAAAACCCGAGCCGUUAGAGGAGGAGACACAACAGAAAAUAAUUCUUCUUCUUCACUUCUUCUUCUUCUUCAAUUGCAUCGCAGGCUUAAUUUUGAGGAAUUACAGGGCAAUAUAGUUGUUAAUUUUUAACAAAAAGGUGAAAAACAUAUAUUGAAGAGGGUGAGUUUCACGUGGGAUUUUGAGAUUGCUGCGCAAACAGGUUGAAUCAUGUUCUGCUGUCAAGGUGAGGAGGAGGAGCAACCAGGCCCCCCUGCUAGCCAAAACACAGCCCCACCUAAAGGCAACCCCCAUGCUGCUGGUAGCCAAGGAGGAGGGCCAAAGAUGUCCAAUGUGGAGAAAAGAGGAGCUCCUCCAAAGGUCUUGCCUAUUGAAAUUCCAUCUGUUCCAUUGGACGAGUUAAAUAAACUUACUAGCAACUUUGGUUCAAAGGCUUUGAUUGGUGAAGGAUCCUAUGGCCGAGUAUUCUAUGCUGAGUUAAGUAGUGGCCCUGCAGCAAUAAAGAAGCUAGACACCAGUUCCUCAGAGCAACCAGAUUCGGAUUUUGCAGCGCAAUUGUCAAUGGUUUCAAGGCUUAAACAUGAACAUUUUUUGGAGUUGCUGGGGUAUUGUAUGGAGGCAAAUAACCGCAUAUUAGUAUACGAAUUCGCAACAAUGGGGUCUUUACAUGAUGUAUUACAUGGGAGAAAGGGUGUACAAGGGGCUGAACCUGGUCCAGUUCUAAGCUGGCUCCAAAGAGUUAAGGUUGCAUUUGGUGCAGCAAAAGGCCUAGAGUAUUUGCACGAAAAGGUUCAACCUCCUGUAGUUCAUCGCGAUGUCAGAUCCAGCAAUGUCUUACUUUUUGAUGAUUUUAAGGCUAAAAUGGCUGAUUUUAACUUGACGAAUCAGUCAUCUGACACAGCAGCUCGACUGCAUUCAACUAGAGUUUUGGGUACCUUUGGCUACCAUGCUCCUGAGUAUGCAAUGACAGGGCAAGUAACACAGAAAAGCGAUGUUUAUAGUUUUGGAGUUGUUCUUUUAGAGCUAUUGACAGGAAGAAAGCCAGUAGAUCAUACAAUGCCUAAAGGACAACAAAGUCUUGUUACUUGGGCUACUCCAAGAUUGAGUGAAGACAAGGUGAAGCAAUGCAUUGAUCCUAAGCUAAAUAACGAUUACCCGCCAAAGGCGAUUGCCAAGCUUGCGGCAGUUGCAGCACUUUGUGUUCAAUAUGAAGCAGAUUUUAGGCCAAACAUGACAAUUGUUGUGAAAGCUCUUACGCCUCUUCUUAACUCAAAGCCAGCAGGACCAUAAUCUCAUGGAUAAAUUUGAUCUUGUUUUACUCAUGUAAUCAAUCUGUAACUUCCUCAGGUUUUGUAUCAAAAUUCACAGCAUCUCUACAUUGACUUGUAUCCAUUUCCAGGCCUUUUUAAAAAAAAAAUCAUUCUUGAUGUUAUUAGCAGAAACAUUAAACAAGGACUAAUUCUUGGUUUAAAAUUUUUAUGAUAUUUAAUUAUACUUG